AUGGCUGUUCCAGCGCCAGACUAUGGGCAUGAGCUGCCCACUGGGAGUGAUGCACCUGAUCGCCUCGAACAGAGCGCGUACAUGGCCUCCCGAUCACCGACACCACAGCUUCAUACCGCCGAGCUAGCACAGGUCCUCCCGCCCAUGACCGUGCAGCAGAAGACGAGUAUGUCGACGAGUUCUCGACGGAGCGGAACACCCUCUCUGCAUCCAACGUCAGAGUUGGAGGAGGAAGACAAUCCGUAUAUGAUGACGAAAAGCCUAGCGCGAAGAGCAACCCUCCUCGGCUGGUUCGACCAUUCCAAUCCCAACCCGGCAGAGAAUCCCUCCUCGGUCUGCGUGGCCAUCAAACUGCCAGACGACGCGUACUCCUUCCAUCCGGCCGUUAUCAGUCCCGGCCUCGCAAAGGCAAUCAAAAGACUAGACGAAACGGCCGUCGUCGCACUGUCGUCUCGCGUCACCGCCAGGACAAUCGCGACGAUCGCCACGGACCAGAAGAGCUUCGUCGUAGAGAGCACGAGCGCGCGGAUCCCUGUCAUUCCUACCCUGGACGACGUGGACGUGAAUCUUACACAUUACUCCCGUGCAUGCAUCGUCCUAGACGAAAAGAUCGUUUUGGUCUGGUCGCAUGAUGCGAGUGGGUUACUUAACAUAGCGCAUGAUGUGGAGAUGCAGCUCGGCGGACAGAGCCCUAGGAUAUCGAAUCUCACCACCCCGAGGAUAUCCGGCCGGUCAACACCCCUCGGAUCCCUCCGGUCAGACGAGCUGCAGAAACCGGCCAUCGCGUCCCUUCCCGUGCGUGGCGCGCUGGACGAGAAACAGGAUAUAUACAGCAAAGCAGUGGCGCUGGAGGAGGGGGAGGACGAAGACGCCCCGGACCUGGAGCAGAAUGUUGCCCCGAGACCGGCGCUGCGGAUCCACGCGGUUAAGAUCAGUCUGGCGAUUAUGCUGGUUAUCUUGACGCAGUCGCUGGGGGUGGCGAGGCUGCUGAAUGAGUACAUGUGGGAUGGAGGAUACACACGGUUUGCGCUGGUAGAACCGAUGGAAAUGGAUUAA